AAAGGAAUAUAUUCUCGUUAAUUUCUCAUCUCACGGCAGUAAAUGAGUGCGCCUGUCUGAGGAGGCGGGACUGUGACCUGCUUAUUGACGUAAAACAUCAGAACUCUCCUCGUCGAUGCAGACCGAAUAAGCCAGCAUCAUGUCUGACUGCAGGAGGCAGUGGAACCGGGAGGAUGAACUGCCGGUUUACCUCGCGGGACCGAUCAGCACUGGGCCGAACCAGCGGAAAUCCUACGGGAUGUUCAGCUCCGUGGAGGGGGCGUUCGACAGCAAGACUAUUGACUUCGACAACUACGCAGUGGGCCGAAAGGGGAGCCGCACCCCGAGAAGCGGGAGCCGGGAGAGGGUCUUGGACACCAGUGACCCGGUGGGGAAGACGCCCGGGGAGGCUAGAGAGGGUUCAGGGAACAGCCCAAGUGGGGAUGCAGAGGAUGCUCGGAGCGGUGUGGGAGUGAGAUUCUCAUCAGAGAAGGAGAGCUCCAACGGAGAGGGUGAAAAUUUGCUGAUCAAAGGGGGUAGAGUUGUAAACGAUGAUCAGUCUUUCUACGCGGACGUCUACAUUGAGGACGGGCUCAUUAAGCAGGUGGGGGAGAACCUGGCCGUUCCAGGGGGCGUCAGAGUCAUCGAGGCUAAAGGCCGCAUGAUAAUACCAGGGGGAAUAGACGUCAACACGUGUCUGAUGAAGCCUUACCUCAGCACACAGCCUGUUGAUGAUUUCUUCCAGGGCACUAAGGCUGCACUUGCUGGCGGCACCACCAUGAUCAUUGAUCAUGUGACCCCUCAGCCUGGUGAAAGUUUGCUGGAAGCGUUUGAGCGCUGGCAGGAGGCUGCAGAUAAAAAGGCAUGCUGUGACUACUCUCUGCACGUCGACAUCCCACAGUGGAACGAAAAUGUAAAGGAUGAGCUGGAACUGCUGGUGCAGGACAAAGGCAUCAAUUCCUUUCAGCUGUACAUGGCUUACAAAGAUGUGUACCAGAUGACAGACACUCAGUUGUAUGAGGCUUUCUCCUUCCUGAAGCAGUUGGGUGCGGUGGUGAUGGUUCAUGCUGAGAAUGGAGACCUGAUUGUGCAGGAACAAAGAAAAAUCCUUGGAAUGGGAAUUACUGGCCCUGAAGGCCAUCCUCUGAGUCGACCCGAAGAGCUAGAAGCUGAAGCAGUUUUCCGUGCCAUCACUCUUGGAAACCGUGUGAACUGUCCUGUCUACAUCACCAAAGUGAUGAGCAAGAGUGCAGCUGACACCAUCACUCAGGCCCGGAGGAAAGGCUCUGUGGUUUUUGGGGAGCCGAUUACAGCGAGCCUGGCAACCGAUGGUUCUCAUUAUUGGAGUAAGAACUGGGCCAAGGCAGCUGCUUAUGUGACCUCUCCUCCACUGAGUCCUGACCCCACCACUCCAGAUCAUCUGCACACACUUCUGGCCUGCGGGGACCUCCAGGUGGUGGGCAGCGCUCACUGUGCAUACAGCACUUCACAAAAAGCUAUCGGCAAAGACGACUUCACCCUGAUCCCAGAGGGAACCAAUGGAGUCGAGGAAAGAAUGGGUUUUGUCUGGGACAAGGCUGUGGCCAUGGGAAAGAUGGACGAAAACCAGUUUGUUGCAGUCACUUCAACCAACGCUGCAAAAAUCUUUAAUCUGUACCCACGUAAGGGACGCAUAGCUGCUGGUUCUGAUGCUGAUAUUGUUAUCUGGGACCCUGACAGUGUGAAAACAAUCACUGCCAAACUGCAGCAGUCGGCUGCAGAAUACAACAUCUUUGAGGGUCUGGAGUGCCGUGGUGGGCCGGCGCUGGUGUUGAGCCAUGGCCGGAUUGUUUACGAAGGCAGCAAACUGCAGGUUCAACCGGGCACUGGUCGGUUUUUACCACGCAAGCCAUUCCCUGACUUUGCCUACCAGAGGGUCAAUUGCAGAAAUCAGGUUAAGAGCAAGCAGGGUGUCACUCGAGGGAUAUAUGACGGCCCUGUGUACGAUGUUGCUCCUACACCUAAAUAUAUUACUCCUUCUCCGUCAGCCAAGACUUCCCCCACUUCUCACCAACCACCGCCGAUACGCAACCUUCAUCAGUCCAACUUCAGCCUUUCAGGUGCUCAGAUUGAUGACAACAUCCCUCGUAGGUCUGGCCACCGCAUCGUAGCACCCCCAGGUGGUCGCUCCAACAUCACCAGCCUUGGCUAAAGGCUUGGCUCUGCAUUUGCAAAAACCAUGGCCGGAUUGGGGUUUGGUCUUUUAGGUGUGCAUGGGUGUAAAAGUAUGACUGCCACGAAAUAAUAUCUUUGUGUAAACUCCAAAAUGUUUGUUUUUUCAGCUUUGCACUUAUGUUAAGGACAUCCAUGCUACUAGUAAAACAAUGUGAUUCACAAUCAGACAGCCUAUUUAAAACUUAGCUAAACUUGUUCAGGACCAACCUAAUCCUGUUGUUCUUCCUUUUAAAUACAACUUUCCUUUUAUUCUUCCUCACUGUCUAUUUCUUAAUAAAUGAGUCUGCUCAGACAUGGUGCUACUUUUCCACCACCUGGUGGACUGCAGAAAGGUUCACUUUUGUUGUAUGUUUGCCUGCAAAUAGUUUGAACACCUUUAAUAUUAUUAAUUUCAUUUGAACUGAAAUAGGCUGGUUUUACAUAGGCUAUUGCAUGGACAAAUCUUUAAAUGUUGCACUAGUUGUUAAUUGUGGCAACACAUUACACAUGAAACUGCACUAGAAGCACAUUUUUAUCCAACAGCACAAACCUGUUUGCAUACUGGAAAAAUGUAGAUGCUUUAAUAAUGUAUUCCCAUUCACUGUGGACAUGUUUGGCUGCUCGUAGCUAGGAAACAUAGCAUUCACCGAAAAAGUUCCUGCAACUGCAA